AACGAUAUGUCUUCGAAGCGUAACGUUGGUUCAAACUGGUAUAAUAUUGAAAGAAAGAAAGCCAAAACGAUACGGGUAUAAAUUAUAGGUAAAAAAUACUUUAGUGUCAAAAACAAGUGAACAAAUAUUUAAGUGUUUUUAGUGUUAAACAAGAAGCAAAAUGUUUGGGACUUUUGGUUUUUGUUUAGUGUUUUGUUUACACUUAGUAUUAGUGCAAUGUUAUGAAGUGCCGCCGGCUAAAUUGGAAGCGAUCUGGCCUAAAGGACUAAGAGUUUCUAUUCCGGAUGAUGGCUUCUCACUCUUCGCGUUCCAUGGGAAGCUGAACGAAGAGAUGGAAGGUCUAGAAGCGGGGUAUUGGUCCCGGGACAUCACUAAGGCUAAGGAUGGGCGGUGGACAUUCCGGGACAGAGAUGCCAAGUUGAACAUCGGAGACAAGGUCUACUUCUGGACUUAUGUCAUCAGGAACGGACUUGGGUACAGGCAGGACAAUGGGGAAUGGACUGUUACUGGUUACGUCGACGAAGCCGGCAACCCGGUUGACCCUGGCAACCCAUCUGGACCUGUAACUCCCGGCACGCCUUUGGGGGGAACCACUUACAAUCCUCCUCCAGUAUCACCUUCACCGGGAGUCAGCCCCGUUGAUGGCUACCCUUGCGAGAUCUCCGAGACUAAGGUGUCAGUACCCGGGUUUGUCUGCAAGGGCCAGCUGUUGUUUGAAGAUAACUUCAAUUCUGGCAUUGACAAAGGCAAGCUUUGGACCCCCGAAAUCAAGUUUCCUGGUGAACCUGAUUAUCCGUUCAACGUAUAUUUGAACGACCGUCACCUUCGAGUACGCGAUGGCAAGCUGACCAUCAAACCUGUGACCCUCGAGUCUAAGUACGGCGAAGACUUCGUGAUGCAGUCCUUGGAUCUUACAUCAAGAUGCACAGGCAUGGUUGGCACAUCAGAGUGCGCCCGCGAAGCCUCAGGUCCUCUCAUCCUGCCUCCCAUCAUCACAGCCAAGGUCACCACCAAGAAUAAGUUCAACUUCAAGUACGGCAGGGUAGAAGUCAGUGCCAAGAUGCCACUCGGGGACUGGCUGGUGCCCGAAAUCCAACUGGAACCCAAGGACCAUGUGUAUGGUCUCCGCAACUACGCGUCAGGGGUGCUCCGCAUCGCCUCUGUCAAGGGGAACCUGGCCUACUCGAAGAAACUCUAUGGAGGACCCAUCAUGUGCGAAUCUGAGCCUUACAGAAAUGCUCACUUAAAAGAAAAAAUAGGCUUCGAUCAUUGGAAUAAGGACUUCCACAACUACAGUUUGAUUUGGAGACCUGAUGGCAUAUCCCUCUUUGUGGAUGGAGAGAAGUACGGAGAAGUGAAUCCUGGUGAAGGGUUCUCAGCUGACGCCACCAAACAUUCAGUCCCUGCCGCCCCGCAGUGGCUCCGGGGAAGCAUCAUGGCGCCUUUUGAUGAAAUGUUCUACAUCGCCAUAGGGCUGAACGUCGGUGGAGUUCAUGAGUUCCCUGAUGAGGAUGGCAAGCCGUGGAGUAACAAGGCCACCAAAGCCAUGCUCCAUUUCUGGAACGCGCAAAACGAGUGGAGAUCCACCUGGUUUGAUGACACCAGCGCGCUGCAGGUGGAGUAUGUCCGGGUCUACGCGUUGUGAGG